AUGUGGAGCCACGUGACGCUACAGGCGGCCAACUACAGCUGCGUCUCCAUCCAGGGCACCUCCAGGACGCUGGCGGAGAUGUGUGCCGCCCAGCCGCACAGGUCUAUCCUGGUGGACCGUGCCGAGACGGUGCUACACCACCACUACGGCGGCCGCCAGUUCUGGGCGGCCCGGCGCAGUAUGCGGUUCGCCCGACACUUGGUGGAGGAAGCGGCAGCCCUGCGCCGGGACCUGCUGGCUUCCGAGGAUGAGGAGGACGGCACGCGCUACACAGACGACUGGAGGGAUAUGAAGGUGAAGGCGGGCAGCGCGCGCGGCGGUCCGUACCUAGCGGUCCACCUGCGGCGUAGGGACUUUGUAUCCGGCCGGCCACGCUCCGUGCCCUCGCUGGAGGCGGCAGCGCGCGCCAUAUCUGCGACGCUCCGGGAGCUCGGGCUGGAGACCGUGUACCUGGCCACCGACGCACCGGACAGGGACUGA